CCGAUUGAGGUAAACUAGUCACGCUCGGGCUGUCAAGGCGAAAAUAAUGACAACCGUUGAAUUCGGAGGAGGUCCGAGCCUUCAUCAGAGGCGGGGGUUUACAGCCUUACGAGACGGUACACAUGUACCAGGGUACCGAGGAUAUUGCCCACAGAUAAAAUACCGGGUUGGAAAAACAUAUGGCACUGACACACAUGAACUGGCAAAGUCGACCCUCCAUGUCUACCCGUCCCAGUCAGUAACACCCGGAGAUGAACAGGUGCCCGUUAUCCAGCUACGCAACACAAUGCCAAAAUCCACUGGCGACAACAAAUACACAGAGUCCAUGGUCCCUGGUUAUACAGGGUAUAUUCCUAGAAUGACAUUCAAGUUUGGUGGCACAUACAAAACAGAAUGUGAUAACUGUAUAGAUGAGUACAUGACAAAUCGACAAAAUCACGAUUUACGGCAAGGUGAUUUGAGACGAUCUGUUACCAUGGUGCCUCGAUUGACUGCUGUAUCACAUGAUCCUACUGUAAAAGAAACAUUAGAUCGAUACAGAGAUACACAUCCCACAAGACCUAUGCUCAUGGAGGACAGACGGCCACUGACAGAGCCCCCAAUGCCUGGAUACAAUGGCUACAUUCCCCGCGUCAAGCCCACAGAGCUUGGCCUGGGUCACCGAUAUCAUGUUGCCUGUGAUAAUGGCUUCAGCCAGUUUGUACGGGAAACAGCGAAACAUGCUGAAAACACCAGCGGAACUUUGCCAAGGGCAUUAGAAAGGAUUCCGAGAGAACAGCUGAAGACAGCCCCUGCAGCCUACAACAGGAGACUGUACAAGCAUGACGGCAUGAUCCCAAAAUACACUGGCUACAUCCCACAUCGCAGAUUUAUAUUCGGAAAUACGUAUGGUGAUACCACACGAAGUCUGAGUGUAUGCGCGCACGAUGCACCUUCCUACGCAGAUUAUGUACAGCAAAAAUCGGGCAAUUGAAACAACAUCAGACUUUCCUCAGAACCAUAUUGGCAAAGAACGACAUUCUUUACUUGAACAGUAAUGCUACACGAUGAUAAGCUCAUCAACAGAGUUUAUCGAUGGGAUUUUUAGCCCCUCAGAAUUGCAGUGUUAGAGAAUUUUUCCUGUUCUUUCCUGUUUCGGUCAAAGAUGGUAAAAAUCAUUUGUUUAUAUAAGUAUAUACAUUAUAACUGACUGAUGCUGCCACCUAUCAUUUGCAUGUACGUAAAAUACAGAGGGGCUUUAAUAACAGGAAUGUUUAUUGUUAAGAAAGGGUGCAUACAAUUUUGUAUCCAUUCAUUAAUUUGUGUAAAUUUUAUUAACCAGCUUUGCGAUUAUUUUUCUUUAAUUUUGAGAACUUAUCACCU